AUGGUCGAGCUGCGCCAGCGGAAGGGUAGCGCCAAGAAGGCGGCCGACGGCGAGCAGCUGUCGGAGAACGGCAUGCUCGAGGAGGUGCGGCGGUCCACGGAGGGCGAGGACAAGCCGGCGCCGGCGCCGGCGACGGAGCCGCCGGCGGUGAUGCAGCAGGGCUUCUGGAAGAAGUUCGCCGUCUGGGCCGGCCACUUCUACGUGUGCCUGCUCAUCAUGCUCCUGCAGACCAUGGCCUUCCGGGAGAUCGUGUCCGUGCGCUACAGCGAGUACAAGUCCGUCGACGGCGCAGGCCGGCUGCCGCUCUUCCGGACGCUGCAGUGGGGCUGGUACUACGUCGCGCUCGUUUUCGUCUACGGCGACUUCAUCAAGGAGUUCGCCUACAGCCACGAGCGGGGGCAGGACGUGCUGCUGCACUACGCGCGGCACCACGAGGCGCUGGCCUUCGCGGGCUACUGCCUCGUGUUCAUGCUCAGCGUGUCGAGGCCCGGGCCCGGCGACGACGCGCGGCUCGACGGCGCGGAGGGCGCGGCCGUCGGCACGGCCAAAGCCGUCGCCGCGGCGAAGUGGGCGUGGUCGCCCCAGGGCGUGCCGCCGCGGCUCAGGUCCAUGUCCAGCGCCGCGUACGCGGACACGUCCAAGCUCGCGGACACGGACCGGUUCUCGCGGACGCCGAGCGCGGCCGCGACGCCCGCGGCCAGGUCGCGCCAGGACCGCCGCGAGUCGUCCAGACCCUUCUCGUCGCUCGCCGUCCGCGACCGGGCCGGGCGGUUCAGCCAGCCGCCCGACCCGCGCUGCGACGCGUCGAGCGCGCGGUUCAGCCAGCCGCCCGAGCCCCGCUGGGACGCGUCCAGGCUCGCGAGGAACUGGUCCGUCGUCGCGACGCGCUCCAGGUCGUCCCUGGGCCGGCCGCCGUCGACGGGCGCCGCGGGCGACGCCGGCGCGGGCGUCGUCGCGACCCGCGUGCCCGCCUGGCUGCGCCAGAUGUCGAAGCUGAGGAGGCAGAGCCAGCCGCUCGCGCGGCUCGGCCGCUGCGUCUUCUUCGUGCUCUGCUCCAUGCUCUGCUUCAGCCUCGGCCUCAUCGGCCUCAUCUCGGGCGUCGGCCUCCUCGCCUGCGCGGGCUACAACGCCUACGUCAUCUACAAGCACCCGGAGUACGAGGCGGAGAUGCUCCACGCCGACGUCGAGCAGCUCGGCCCCGGGUCCGCGACGGACCUCGCGGCGACGGUCUACGCGCCCCCGGGCGCGGCGCGCGCGCACCAGCAGGGCGACUGGCUCUCGGGCGGCGCGGCCCUCGCGGCCCAGAACCCGGAGCUCGCCGCGUCGGCCGGCGCCGCGGCCUACUCCUGGGCCCAGCAGAACCCGGACCAGGCCGCGUCCCUCGCGUCGUCCGCGUCGAACGCCGCGUACCGCCCGCCGGGCGGCAUCUGA